AUGGUCCACAGGAUUGUCUUCUGGUCCGGCUUCGGCGUGGCCGUGCGGGGAUGGCAGCUCGGGCUCGAGAUGAGGCCGCUCUUCAACAGGCAGUCGCUCUGGGCCUGGCCCGUCUUCGCCGGCGUCGGGGGCAGCUUCGGCUACUGGCUCCAGACGGUCGACGACAGGCAGACGGCGGUGCUGACGGAGAGGAAAGAGGCCCUUCUGGAGAAGCGCGCGAGGAGAGCGGCGCGCCUGCAGGAGCAGCAGCAGGCUUAG